AUGGAUCUGACUCAAAUUACAGUCGAAGACUUAACUGCACAGAACGAUACAAUUCUCGAAACAACAUCGAGUACAACCUCGAAAAUCCCAUUCAGCGAAAAAUAUAAGAAAUAUUUCAAAGCAGCUGUUUCGAAACAGAAAGGUACUAAAACAAGCAAUAUGACUAACAAUGGCACAUCUUCAGUCAAGCCAAUUCUUCCACCACCAAAUAAGCUUCUGCACGAAUAUUUACGUUGUCGUCAAUUGGAUUCUACUCAUAAGCCAUCAAAUAUAUAUUCGUGUCGAUAUGAGUUUGAAGAUGAUAUUCGCGUGUGCUGGCCGGCAACGAGUAACAACACAUACGCAACGGGUGUUAUCGAAUAUAAUCAUGGAUUUGAUAACUUCUACGAUGGUGCUCGUAAUGGAAUCGAAAAUUGCACUUUACAACGCUUUUGCCAAGAAAAUGGAACAUGGGCAGCGACUCUUUCACCUGAUAUACAAUGUAAGACCUGUUUUGGCGAUGGUCGUCCAGUGAAAUUCAACUCAAUUAGUAUCAUGAUUGAAACGAUGAGCUUGAGUUUAUCUCUCAUAUCGUUAACUAUUGCUGUUUUAUGCAUGAUCAACGUCAAACGACUUCAUUUACCCCGUAACCUGCUUCAUAUGCAUCUGUUUUUUGCUUUCAUUCUUCGUUCGAUCGUUAAACUCGUGUUUAUCCAUUCAAUUAUCGGUGGUUAUACUCGUACAAUGAUCACUUACACACAUGAUAAAUGCGGAAAUACUGAAAUUCUUUCCAAAUCAUCGAGUUUUUUCCAAGUCAUCGCGUGUCGUACUCUAUCGUCUUUGUUCUGGUAUACCGAUGCUGUUUCUCAAACAUUCAUCUUUUGCGAAGCAAUGUUCCUAUUCACUGCGCUAACAAGUCACUUAUUUCGUGAUCGUGGCUGUUUACUAUUCGUUUUAUGGGGUUGGUUAAGCCCAUUACUUUGGUUAAGCAUAUGGAUCAUAUCGCAUGUUAUCACCGAUAAAAUAAAAAAGCGAUCAACAUGUUGGCUAGAGGCGGACAACACCACCUAUUUCUACUAUUUCUUCUAUGUUCCAUAUGCGUUCUAUCUUUUGGUUAAUUUCGGUAUAUUUCUCUAUUUGGUUCGACUACUCUAUUCGAAGUAUCAAUCAAACAGUGCACAAACAAAUCGAACAGGCAAUAGACACUUAAUCAAAUCAAUACUGAUUUUAAUUCCUUUGUUUGGUCUUCAUUCAUUAUUUGUCAUGUGGGUUUUUUAUCAUAAGAACGAAGGCCAUACCAUCUGGUACUACAUUGCUGUUAUAUUCAAAGCUAUCUUCGGUGAUUUACAAGGAUUCUUCACUUCGUUGAUCUAUUUUUAUUUCAACACAGAAAUUCGCUACGAAGUUCUUCGACAAGUUCAACGGACUUUGCUGAGUAAUGAUACUGUUCGACGUAGUUCAGUUGGCGAUACCUUAUCAACACGAUUAUCUGUUUUUCGAAUAUCAUUCAGUCGACAUCGACAUUCAUCUAUACCGAAUCGAAAUGAAAGACGUCGAACGAGACAAAGUUCGUUUUCACCACCAGCUAAUCUGGAAACAAGGCAAAUCUGCUGGAGAAAAUUUUUGACAUUUCUAUGCCCAUGUCUGUUCAAUCGAAAUCGAACAUUAAAACAAAAACAAGAACUCCAUCAGUUGCCUAUCAAUGAAACGAUUCAACAGCAGCAGCAGCAACAACAACAACAACAACAACAACAACAUCAUGAGGUUAUACCAGUUAUUGUAUCAGGUGCUAUACCCGAUGAUGAUCUUCCUGGAAUUACAUCACCAUUAUUAACUCAAACACGUCCAUCGAAGGGUACAAUUGAUAACGACGGAACAACAUGUGAUACAUUAAUUGUAAAGAAUGGCAUUGAAGAUGAAAUUCUUUCCGAUGAAAACGAUGUCACUAUACAUCAAUCAUCGUACAAUGGUGAACAUGCAUCGAGUAUAUCAAAUCAUACGCCAUUAUUACCACGUAAUCAUGUUCUGAAUCAUGAUCAUCGAUCAAACAGUGAUGAACAUGCAGAGGCAAAUCGUACGAUGAAAGAUUUUAAUGACAAUAAAUAA